AUGGCGGGAAGGGCCCUGUUCCUACCCCACAACGGGUUGUUCGUGGUGCCUUCUCUCUCCUCCAUUGGCUCAUCCAGAGCCUGGCAUCUCGGCGCGACACUUCGUCUAGGACCGCGGUCACUUGCCGCAACUUCGAUCUCGUCCUAUGGGUUCUGCAGAAGCGCGCUUCGUAGCGAAGCGGAUGCGACGAAGGCCACGCAGCCGGAGGCUUUCGUCCUCACGACCCCUCUGUAUUAUGUGAAUGCCCCUCCGCACAUGGGAAGCGCCUACACUACAAUCGCUGCCGAUGCCGUCGCUCGGUUUCAGGUAAUGCAGAUGGAUUGAAAAUAUAACUGCGCUUUCUUCCUGGUGAACCGAGCAUCAACCACCUCGGAAUGAUGAUUAACAACAACAAUGUUUGAAAUGAGAAUUGAUGACAGACUCUCCGCUUUAAUCUUGAUUUGCAAAUGACAGAAAAAGAAAAACACUUUGUCCAGGCUACUCCCAGCUUCCAUUUUUAUGCACCGGAUCAUAAUAUGUACAUACGAGUCUGUCGUAUGCUGUCCUUCUGUUAUCUGGGUCUAACGAUAGUACGACUGAACUUGAUAGGUGAAUGAGAUAAUCAAUAUUAGUUAGAUACGUUUCCAAUUGUUUCUAUGUGACGUUCCAUUCAAUAGUUCAGCUGAUACAGUUCUUACCCGCUUCUCCUUUCAAUAUGUUACACAGAGGCUGUUGGGGAAAAAUGUGAUCUUUGUCACCGGCACAGACGAGCACGGCGAGAAAAUCGCUGCUGCUGCAGCUAAAAGUGGCAGCACUCCUAGUGAUCAUUGUGACAAUGUCUCACUGGCAUACAGAUCACUCUGGAAAGAUGUAUGUGGUUGGACUUAUCAUUGUGCCUCCUCUUGUGGAAUAGAUUUGUUUGCUCAUCUAGCUCAUGUUUUGGCCGAGUUUUCUUUCUUCUUAGCAUCAGCUUGUUUAUCACAUGCAGCUAGAUAUAUCACAUGACAAGUUCAUUCGCACAACAGAUCCAAAUCACGAAGCUGUUGUGAAGGAGUUUUACUCUAGGGUCCUCAGCAGUGGUGACAUUUAUCGAGCUGAUUAUGAGGGCCUUUAUUGUGUGGACUGUGAGGAGUACAAGGUCAAUUUUUUAUUUAUGUCUGAAUUCUCAGUGUUUUCUGGGCCUGGAUUUUUUUUUUGUAUGUUUAGUAUUUCAGAGAAAUCUUCAAAUUUAUUUACGUUUUCUGCGUACCAGUGAAUAUAUCCCCAUUAUUGGUAGAUACCUAAUGUUCCUACCUGUUUUCAAUGUCGAGAUACUACACAGAAAAUUCGCCUGUUUCAUACUGUGGAUUUCUGUUUUUCUACAUAUCUUAUUUCAACAAGGAUUUCUUUUUGCCGAUUUGAAUGAUGUGCACAUUUUUCUUCAAAAUGGUUUCUCUUGCUGCAACUUUAUUGAUUGCAUGAUUAGUUCUGUUAAUUUUAUUCUUCACUCGAUCAAAUUAUUGGGAAAAAAUACAAGCUUUUACUAUUAAUUUUUGUGCAUUAUUCUAAUCAUUGCAUCAAUCAAGACAAAGAAGGCAGCUUUAUAUGGUUGUCUCCUACCUUGCUAACCUUUUAGUCGAUCAUUUUAAAAUUUCAGAAACCAAAAUAGUUCCUAAAAUAUUUUCUCUUCGGAUAUCGUAUUUUCUCUCACAAUAAUGCGUUAGUUUAGCUUGGAUUUAUUUUCAGAUGUAGUAUUUCUUUGUAGAGUUUUUUAUGGAUUAGAUGUUGAUGUUGUUUUAUGUUGUUGUACCCAAGAGAAGAAUUAUUCCGCAUCUUUUGUGACUAUCUGAGAACGUAUUGCAGGAUGAGAAGGAAUUACUUGAGAAUAAUUUUUGCCCAAUUCAUCUAAAGCCUUGUGUUAGAAGAACAGAGGACAACUACUUUUUUGCCCUGUCAAAGUACCAAAAGUCAUUGGAAGAAUAUUUGAUAGACAACCCCAAUUUUGUACAACCUUCAUUUCGGUUGAACGAGGUAUGGAAUAGAAUCAUUUUGGUCUCUAAUAGAACGUCUUUGUUGGCCUUUUCUCAUGGAAUAGUUAUUCAGGUGCAAAGUUGGAUAAAGUCCGGCCUGAGGGAUUUUUCUAUAUCUCGUGCGUCAGUGGAGUGGGGAAUACCAGUGCCCAAUGACACUAGACAGACCAUAUACGUUUGGUUUGAUGCUUUAUUGGGGUAAUUGUUUUUUCAUAUUUAAUUCAAUUAAAUUAAAAUAUCCACACACAGAAGAUACUUCGUGUGCUCGUGGCCCUAUAGCAUAUAAAGUUACAUACCCACGAAUAAGUACCUUCAAAUAUUUUACCCCAUAUGCAGGAUGCCUCUUUCAGACUACUUCGCCUUGCCCAAUUAUCCAUGCUCACAUCUCCAAAUAGCCAAAUAACUUAUGUCUUUCAUUGGACAACUAUUAUUCAUAUUUCUUGGUUCACCUGUCUCAAUUACCCGUUACAAGUUGGAAAGUUUACAUUAGCUUUAUAUUUUGUAACUGGCAUCAUUUUGUUUUGGAAACAAUGGAGACAUACUGUCUUACGUUUAUGCUGUUGCUAGGUAUGUCUCUGCAUUACUCAAGGAAGGGGAGGAACCAACUUUAGAUAAAGCUAUUUCUUCUGGUUGGCCUGCUUCCCUGCACUUGAUUGGCAAGGUAUCUGGUCCCUGCUUCCGUUGCUCUUUCUCUCUGCUAUUAUAUAUAGUGCAGCCUAAUUUUUCAUUUAUCAAUUUCUUAUGUUUUUUUACCACAUAGAGGUUCUCGUGGCACCUUUCAGCGCAUUUCCAUUAUUUUUCAUCAUUUUUAUUGAAUAAGAUUAGUCUUUGCAACCUUAGGAGUUAAUUUGAUUGUCUUCGAAGAGUCGUCGACCUGAUAGACUCUGACAUGCAUUGCCUUAGAGCUAUCCACUAGAAUACCAUCAUAUAGGCUUUCGAGUAAGGCUGUUUGUGAAGUGGUGGACUGGUGGGACUGUUGUCAUCAAUCUUCGUUCAUAAAGUACAGAAAGAAAAAAAGAAGCUUACACAUGUUUUGGCCUGAGGGUAGCUGUUUUGUAAUAGCCUAGGCUGUCCGCCAAUUCAAGCGAUUUCGAGGUUGGUAUAGAGUCAAACCAUGAAAUUGUGGGUUACUGGGUGAUGUGGAGGCUUGGUGAAACUUGUUACAUUUAUGAGUUGUGGAUUUCUGUGUGGUGACUGCUCUAUAUUAGCUCUGCGUAUCAUAUGGAUCGCUCCUGUAAUUAUUGCUGAACUGAUAAUAUCCACAACGUACUUUUCAAUCAUUGCUUCAGUGUAAUUUUUCAAUCGAUUAUGCUGAACAGAUAACUCAACAUUUUCAAUAGCUCAGGAUCAGCCAAAUAUCUGACCUGUGCAGUGUAUGUUCUCCCUUUGUGGUCUAAGGCAUGAAAAUCACCUCAUGAAUGGACACCAAACAUAACUAUCCAACUCUGCAGAUGAGGUUUACUCGUUUAGGAGUAAAGCUCUUUAACUCACAGGGCAUCUGAGUUAUCAUUUUUUCUAGGUUAAAGCUAAUUUGCAUACACUCAUACUUGCAAAAAAAAUUCACUGGUUUGAUGUUUUCUAUUGUAUCUUUUUGCUCUCAUGCAGGACAUAUUACGGUUCCAUGCAGUUUAUUGGCCUGCAAUGUUAAUGUCGGCAGGAUUGCCUCUCCCUGAUAUGGUUUUUGGUCAUGGAUUCUUGACAAAGGUAUUGUCGUGUCUAUGCAGGAAUUGUUUAUUUUUUAGAAGUAUAGUAUAUUUUCAUAUUUUUCAUGCUUCUAAAAGACUGAUCCACGAGGGAGACGCAUUAAAAAAAUCAUAUUUUUUUAGGAUUCUAGUAUUAUGAAUUAGUUUUCAAAUGGAAUCAGGUUAAAUAUAGGAUUUCUAACAAUUUUCCUUUGAAUGUUUGAGAAUUAUCGUUCUACUGAAAACAUGUGUUAGGGAAUGUCAAUUGAAGGUAAGGAUAAUUAUUGUCCUUGCUCUUGUGGCCCAGAUAACGAGGUAAGGGGGUCUGACAUUGAUGUAGGCUUGCCCAGUUCUGCAGAAUUUUUUGGUAAGAAGAUGGGAUUAGAGGCCUGAGGGUUUCAAUUUCUUCUUGUCCGAAAAUUCUGAAGGAAACAGAUCGCUAAGGAUGCUAGCCAAUGAUAGGAAGUAUUCAGGUGGAAGUGUUAUAGCAGUUCUAUGUUCUGGGAUAUUUGUCCAAGUUUUGAAAGGAAUAAAUUGCAUUUGCUGCUAGUGAUUCUGAGUGCUGGUCUGUGUUGGAGAGGCGGAGAUGGUAUGAUCUUCCACCUUGACGGAUGUUGUGGCUUGAGGGUGAGACUUUACUUCAUUGGAUAGCUUAUAACCGAAGGUGAAGGUUCUGAUGCUGACAAAUUCUUAUGUGCCUGGCGAGUUCUGACAGGAUUUGUGACAAUUUGUUUUCUUUGUCACAUGGGGUAACGUAUGAAUCGUAUGUUCUGAAUGUUAUCUCUCUUAUUGGUGAUUUGGCGUGAGGCGAAUUGAAGAUCAAUGUUAGCCAACCAACCAUAGUGGGGGGGGGGGGGGGACUCGCUGCAUAUUGUCAGGAAUUGAGGAUGAAAAAGGUUGGAUUUCAUGUAUGCCGUUUUUUACCAUCUUUUACUGAUUUAGGCCGCUUGAUGUGAGUUGGAUCAGUAUUUGGCAUGUUAAUUAUUGAUAUGGGUCCCAAUCAGUUUAUCUGCUUUCGGAUCCAGUAGAUCACAAGGAAUCCAUAUUGUUUCUAUGCCAUCUCAUGGAUUGCACGUUAAUGCGUUUGGCUCUCGUAGAUUGGUUUGAAUCCGCUCAAGGGGUGAGAAUCGAAAUUGUUUGCGUAGGUAUCAUUCAACCACAAACACCAAACAUUGAAAUCAGUAUUCUACCCUUUGAACGCCAUCCCAAGUGGUUAGGUAGAGAAUCUAGUAUCUCUAAGGGUAGACCGAUAUGAAAUGGUGCUUCGAAGAUUUCAAUAUAUGGAAUCAAGAGGAUACACAUCAAGGCACUACGAAUCAAGUUGAAAAUUUAAAACCUCCGAACUGAAGACGGUUUUUCGUUUUGGGUUUUGCAUUGCUCGGAAGGCAUUCGUGUGAUGAAUGGAUUGGAAAUAAUGCUUUGCAGAUCUGAGGAUUUUAAAUAAAUUCUCAAUUAUUAUCGAUAGGAGUUUCUAAAAUUGAGAAGACUUCAUACCCAAACGUUUUGUCUCCUAGCUGUCAUAUCCAAAUAUGAAUUUCUCAGCAAUCUUGCUCGCAGAUACAACUUAUAUCUUUCCUCUUUUCCUAUUUUGGUCGGUUGUCACUAUGUUUCAAGACAAAGUAGGACUAUCUUCGAACUUAGAUUGAUCAGCAAUAUAGGGGGUUCUUCUGAUUAAGUCCUGGACGAAGAAAAUUCGAAGUUGUUGUGUGGAUGGAAUGAAAUUUUCCAGGCUUUCUUGGAUGGGAAAGACGUCCAGUCGGUGCCCACUGCGGUUUUCCACAACAUAGAAGCGAUGUAUCGACCAAUAUUACUCCUUACAUGGGGUGUAAAAUGCCUGGGCGGUGCGAAAUUUCCUUACCUUCUCAUUAGGAAUUUAGUCGAGAGAAUUUUUUAUUAUUAUUUUCCAGAACGCAAAUAUUUAUUAUAUUGACAGCUAACUUAAUGAAUAAUCAACAAUCAUUGUUGUUAUCUGACUAAAAUGUUGUACACUCUGGAAAAUUGCUAACAUAAUUUCAUCUUAUUUGUCUUCGCUGUAGAUUUGACUCUUCCUUUCAUUUUGUCUCAUAUUCUACUUUGAUUUCAUGCAGCUUUCCCUUUUCUUUUGAAAUUUAUAGGAUGGAAUGAAGAUGGGAAAGUCAUUGGGGAACACGCUUGAACCCAAGGAUCUGGUGAAUAGAUUUGGAGCUGAUGCAGUAAGGUACUUCUUCUUGAGGGAAGUGGAAUUUGGAAACGAUGGAGACUAUUCCGAGGACCGAUUCAUCAAUAUAGUUAAUGCACACCUUGCCAAUACAAUCGGUAUUUACUCGAUUUCUGAUCAUCGUUGCACUUUUUUCUGCGUAGUUACAUGGUGAUAGUUUACUCUGGAGAAUAAACUAAUCGGAGGCUAUGUGUUCAGGAAAUCUUCUCAAUAGAACACUCGGGCUUUUGAAAAAAAACUGUCAGUCCAUAUUGGCAAUUGAUUCUGCUGCUGCAGUUGAGGGAAGCCCAUUCAAAGACAUAGUAGAAAACUUGGUUAGUGCUGUUAAACUUUGUUGCUCGUACCCUUUACCAAUUGAUUUUACAUUUUUUGGUGAAUCUACUCAUCAGGAGUUUCUGCUGCAAUGUUACUGAUGUCCAUUUUCGUUUCCUUAUUGGCAAUAAACCCAUGGCGAUGGGUUGCUGAUGGUGGCCUGCUUUUCCCUGCGCUUUACCCAGCACUUCCUGGCAUUGCCCUUGAGCAUCUAAAAAAAUAUGAACUAAUGCUAAUAAUGUUAUCUACUUAUCAAUGAUAAAAGAAAAUGGACAUAUCAUUGAUUACCGCAUUUUUGUGGAAGAGUUACGAGGUGCUACUAUGCAUGUUUCACUAACAGGUUAUCCUCCUUGAAAGAAAACUUUAAUUGGGAACCAAAUGAUAAGCGCUUGAAAUCCAUCGGUGUGAACAUUUUCGUCUUGCAAAACAUGUUGGUUGCAUUACAUGCUUACAAUAAAAAAAUAUCUGUUUCGUUUCUUUUCUAUGUCAUUUUUAUAUUCAUGGUUUGUUUUAUGUCUCAUUUGAUAUCAGCCUUUUUAUCUACAUCUUUAAUGAGAUUUGACCGAUAUUUUUGUCAUCCCCUUUAAGGGAAUAUUUUUUUCUCUCAUCAUCAUAACAGAGUGUUCUAGGAACUCAUUUGCCAAUAAAUACUAUGUAAUGGUUUUUCUUUUGGAUGGUGUUUUUUGACAGCCCAGUGCGUCUAAGGCAGAUUGUACCUUAGUCAGCAGCACUCAAUUCCUUUUCUUCAGAUGGGGGGUGUUAUAUAUAUACAUACACAAUCUGUGCGCUUUAAUCUCCUAAAUCAGGCUGACAGAGAACUGUACAAUCUCUGAACUCCACAUAACUGGUAACCUGAAACCAUGCAUACUAAGAAUGGAAACACCUUUAGUUUCAUGGUAAAUCAUUCCACGCCUACUGCUAUCGGGGAAAUAACUGCUCAAGGCCUUUUAGGUCCUAAUACUCAUUUACAGCUAAGGUGUUCAUAAACCAUUUUGCUCUACUUAUACAAUUAAACAUUUCUACAUUAAUUGGUUUUAGCCACUGACAUUCUUUUUUAGACAUACUCCAUGGCUUGUAAUCGUUUCUCACAAUUAUUUCACUAUAUUUUAUAGGUGGAAAAAGCAAGGUUACACUACGAAUGCUUAUCAUUAUCAUCAGCUUGCGAAUGUAUUUUGGAAAUUGGCAAUGCUGGCAACCUGUAUAUUGACGAGCAUGCGCCAUGGUCCCUUUUUAAGAAAGGAGGUCCGAGUUCUGAAGCUGCGAAGAAGGUAUUAAAUUCACUAAUUCUUGUAACUGCGACACCAAUUAUCCAACCAAAUUCUUUCAUUAACAUCAAUUGGUUUAGAAUUUACCAAUAAUUUCAAAGCAUAUCCUGCCUGAAAUUAGGAAGAUAGAUGGAGUCUAUGCAUGAAUGUCUGUGAUUAACUAAACGCCUUUCACUCUUUCUGGAAAGAGUGAAAAUAUAAAUUCAAGAAUAUAUCAAAGACUAAAAUGGACAUCGCGAAUCGUUUAGACUCAAGUGUCAUCCAGUUCGCUUUUAAAAUUACGGUCUUCAUUUGGACCAGAAAACUAGUACUCUGAUCAAUGAUUUUUCAUUCAUAUUAUCAGAUGCGGCAGCCUACAGAGAUCAGCAGAACAAUAGAGCAUUUUCUAUGUAACUAGCAUAGUUUUUAACUAUUGGUUGACUAUCCAAGUCUUUUAUAAUUUUUUUACCUGGACCACAUAAGGCUUUUCAUAUUAGUGGUGUCUGACUAAUAUGACCAUAAAAAGACACGAGUUGAGAGUUGUCUAUUAAACUAUGUUUUUAUCAGAAUAUAUCUAACUCAGAACCAGAAAACCUGUUGUGUUGUAGAUAACUUGUAUGAAGUUAUUUUUUUGUCCUGUAUAGAUCGUAUAAUUUGGGCCUAUUAAUCUUCACUCCAGCUUAUGGAACAGAGCUGGAGAGAUGAAGCUUAAAAGCCCAACACGUUUUUAAUUUUGGCUUGAUCAUAAUUCCAUUCACUUUCUUUUCCUCACGCUUGUCGAAUUUAUGAUCCCGCGGAUUAUAUCACGUUUACUUGACGAUGGGCCGAGCCUCCUGAGCCGAUCUGAUCCAAUAACGCCCAGACUGAAUGAUGCAUCGAUCCCUAUGAUUCUUUCUCAAUUCAUACCUUCUGUUUUUAACCAUAGUUUAACUACGGUAUUAUUUCCAGUGAAAUCUAUUAAUUUGGUCAUUAAAAGGGUGCGGGUAUCCCAUAUUUACCUUCGUGAACUUUGGAUAUUGUGAUGAACUUUUUCUCCCCCCACAAGUUCACGAUGUUUUCUAAACAGGUUGAUGAUGGCAUUAUUUUCCUGCAGGAUCUCGUGAUUAUCUUAGAAACGAUGCGAAUUAUCGCAGUUGCUUUGUCCCCAGUUGCUCCGAGCUUAUGCCUGAGAGUAUACUCGCAGUUGGGCUACUCCAAGGACCAAUUUGAAGCUCUGACUUGGGUAUGCCUCUAUCAUGCGAACAUUCUUUGUUCUUGGCUUUAGUAAACUUUAUCUGGUUUUUGCGCAUGAUUUCUGCACGUUUGAGGAUUAUUUGUGGUGGGCUGAUGAUUUUCCGACGAAUUCCCCCUUAGAGCCAUCGAACAGGAGCUCCAUUGUUCAAUCAGCGAUAGUUCUAUCAGUUCUUGAUAGAUUAAUGUCUGCAUUAGAUAGGAGGAUUUAGUUGUGGGCAGACCUGGGAUCAAUGGCCAUCCUUUUCUAAAUUUCGCUCACAGGAUUUCAAUAUCCCAGAAAAUUGGUGCCACGAACAGAAACUUAACCAGAAAGUUUGAAUUUUACCAAAAGAAGUUAUCUUUAUGGUUCAUCUGUUCAACAUGUUGCUGAAACACCGCAGGGUGACACCAAGUGGGGAGGGCUCAAAUCAGGCCAGGUCAUGGCAGAACCACAGCCCGUCUUUGGAAGGAUUGAAAGCAAGAAGGAAGAAGAGGAUGGAAUGAAGUUCCCGCAGAAUGCCCCCAAACAGAAGAAGGUGAAAGCGUCAUGGUGA